UUUGCAACUACGCCUUUAAUUUUUCGGUGGAAAAUGUCGAGCUGAAAAGGUUUUGACUGUGAUCUUUGCAGUAAGUGUGCCAUUUUGACAAUCCUGCAACACGGAUACCAUAUUACGAGAUCAGCCAGAGAAUUCGGGAGGCAUUAAUAUAAUCAGUUCUCGUUGCGAGAAAAGUGGGCGUAGUGUUGAAAAAUUUCUGAGUGUCGGCUGUCAUCCAAUUCGCCAUACGAGACCGUCUGACUGCCACUAUUUACGCCUACAAAGCAAAAUGCAAAGGAUGAUCGUAACCAUCGAUAACUUCCUGUCAGCAAAUCCAUCAUUCAGCGAAAACUCCUGGCAUAAAUAUGAUUGUACCCGGCUGAGAAAUUAUCGCUUUGCCGACAGGAUUAUUAUCAGCCGAGGGUACUACUUUCACAUAGCGCUUUACAUGGGCGAUGGGCGAGUAGUGCAUUUUAAACCGGCCAACCGGGAAGAGAAUGGCGGUCUUAGGAAUGCGGACAAAUGGUUCGUAGGAGUUGCGGCCAUCGACAGCCUUGAAAAUGUUGCAGGGGACGACUAUAUCCGGAUCGGUCGGUUUGAUCGUGAGGAAGCCGGUGUUUAUAUACGCCCACGCGAGGAUAUUAAGCUGCUGGUGGAAAUUUUCGAAAAAGCGCCAAAUAUAUUUAAUUACUGCCUGGAACGUUUCAACUGCGAGCAUUUUGUCAACUUUCUCAAGUAUGCAGCACCAGUUUCCUGCCAGGUUCUUUUUUGGCACGAGAUAAAUGCGCAGGCUCGGUCGGCAGGAUCCACCAUCAGAACCACAGCUGAAAGAGCCGUGAGCACGGUGGGAGGAAUAGUGGGAGUGGUGGGACUGGUGCCAGGAACGCCAGAUCAGGAGCGGCCGGAUGCGCGCAACGAGGAGCGGCUAGUAGCCAUGCUGGAACGAAGAAGCCUGCUGAAAACUAUACCGGUCUCCACUAGUUUUGCUGACAAGCGGCUUGAACUUGUAGAUAUUUGUGUCAGCAUUGCCAGUGAACUGGAGAACCAUCCCCGGGACGAAAUUGAAAAUUUCUUUAUUUGGUAACAGCUAUUUUGUUGACUGACAUUUUUGCAUGUUAACUGCUGCUCCGUAUUAGGACGGGCUUUCCUGUAGUUCAUGUUCCAUUCUUUGCUGUGUUCUCAUUUUUUUCCUUUGUCAAUAAUUUAUUCCUAGGCUACAUCAUCGGUAUUCUUGCUAUGAUGCACCGAGGUGUGCCCCACUUACGGUUGGUUUUUGGCUAGCACUUUGGAUGUGUGCUUGAAAGCUUUCGUGAUUUUGUGUGUGAAAGAAGUCUCUCUCUCGUGGUUUUGUUAGUUUAGCACAUGGGAAUUCAUCCAGUGCCUUGAAAAAACA